AUGAGAAGUGAGCCUGCACCUACAUGGGCCACUGGGAACAACACUGUUUGGGAGGAAUACACUGCCAUCGCGUUCCUUGUGGCACACUCUUUUAUUCUGCUGAUCACUUCUUUUGUGGGCACUGCAGCAAAUCUUUUUGUCAUAUGGGCAGUGCACCACCAGAAAUCCCUGCAAACGUGGAAUAAUGCACUCCUGGUGAAUCUUGCAGUUAUAGACAUUCUUCGAUGUGCGGUCGACUGCCCCAUUCUCUUAACCAUUGUUACAACUGUGUAUCAAGGAGGGCAUAUGGAUGAACUGAUCUGCAAUGCACAAGUGGCCUCUUUCUCCUUCAGCUGCUGCCUCCAGCUACUGACAUUAGCAUGUAUAAGUGCAGAGAGAUACCAGGCCAUUGCACAGCCCUUCAAAACUAGUCAACGGCGAAAACGGAUUAUAGUUUUGAUUCCUCUCACAUGGACCUUGGCAAUUCUAGUAGCUGUUAUUUGUCUGGCAUUUGUGAGGGAUUCACCGGUGUAUGUGAAAUGCCGAGGAUCACAGUGGGAAACAAUGUCUUCCUAUGAUACUUUUGGAGUCUACAUACUGAUUCCACUAUGGACCUCCUGCUUUGGUGUAAUCACUGGAUUCUAUGCUAGCAUAUUUAUGCUAGUGAGAGCUCACAGUCGCAAAAUAUUUGACAAAGGUUCUUUUCCUCCUCGAGAACAAGACAUAGCAAAGAAUGCAGAUGAGCAGAAGAAUGAAGUUGCCACAGUUGGGGAAGAUGCACACAGUAAAUCAGAUCAAAACCACAUCCAGAGUGAACCUGUUGCUAAGGUGGACCUGCCAGACAAACCUGAAGACUGCUCCACUUUGCUGAUCGACCUGGAACAAGUCCAGAGAAGCAGUGGGGAAACAGAGUCUGUUGCUAAAGUCGACCAAGUUUCUGCAUCACCUCAAACUGCAAAUCCAACCCUUGCAACAGAAACUGUAGAGCAACAGGCACAGGUGGAUGGUGCCGUGUGCAUGAUGCCAUCGUUUGCCAAUAAAGAAAGAGCAAACAAGAAAAAGGAAAGUAAAAUGGCUAAGCGUUCAGGCUACAUAAUUAUCACCUUUCUGUUAUUCUGGUUACCACUGAUUACAACUAUCAUGGUGAAUUUCUUGGUCUACAAAAACAAACCUUCAGGGAUGAUGGUCAUUCAAGAUGUGGAAAUCCUCUCGGUCUCAAUUGCCUGCAUGACAUCGCUCAGUGACCCGAUAAUAUACGCAGCUGUCAAUCCUCAAUUUCGGACAGAGUUUUAUAGGCUCAAGAACAGGUUUAAAUCAUACAAUCUUUGCAAUAAGAAGUGA